AUGCUUCCAUUGCUCCUCACGCUGCUCGUGCUCUAUGGCGCCAGCGGAUUUCAUGCCUGUCCGCCUGCGGACUCCGCCUGUGUGGCAGAGGUCCGAAGCUCGGCCUGGAGGCUCUGGGCAGAAGUGGACAAGGCCUUGUCUCAGCGGAUCUAUGAGCUCUUGACGAUCUAUGAUUGGAUCCCGAAAGAGGAGCUGCACUCGCGCCAGAAGGCGCUUCAAGGACUUGAGGCCAUGGAAGUGGCGAAGCAACUCCUGUGCGCGGCCAGCUUCGUGCGCUGCGAUCCAGAAGGAGUGAAUCAUGGGGUGAAGCUGCUUCAAAUGGAUCUGUCAGAGAGAGAAGCAGCUCAGCGGGCGGAAGAGGCGUGCACCGCGGAUGUAUCCGCUGUGGACUGGCUAGGCAAGUGCAGCUUUGCAAUCUGGGACUGGGCCGAUGCCGAGUAUUUCAUCUCAGCGAAGGAUUUUAUGUCCAACUCAGAUGAACCUCAGACUUCUGAAGAGUCCGAUCGAUUGAACUUAAGAAAGACAGAUGCCAAUGCGGGAUACGCCGCAGUGGUUUAUCCACCCUCCCUGAGCCCUGGACAUAUUUGUCAGACAAGCCUCACUCCCAUGAGCCCGAGCCCUGGUGAGUCAAAGGCUUCGCAACCCAUCUUCGGAGGCGAAGCCUUUGGUGAUGUUGCCUGGGUGGAUGUGUCCAACCUGCGAACGCGUCACUUGAGUUCCAUCAGUCUCCUGGAAGUGUUGGAAAACGGCAAAGCCUUUCAGGAGCGCCAUCCCUUUGGCCUGUCUCGCUUUGCCAUCAAUCUGGGAGGUGGAGAUGGUGGGUGCCGCGUGGGGCAUGGGCUAGAUCCGGUGAAUUGCUUCUUUGUGCAGGGCUUUGGUGGUGUGGUCUUCGAGGCCAAUCAGUCCUUGGAGGAGGAGCUUCAGAGCUCCUUGGGGCACUUCACACCCGACGUUCAAAUCGUCAUGGAAGCGGCACAGGCGGAGACGAUUUCCCAGCGUUUGUUGAUCGCUAUGGCACAACGACCUGGGCGUUGGGUGGAAAAGGAUGAGGUCGACAUCAUCAAAGUGGAUGUAGAUGGUUUGGAUUGUCAUUUAGUGCAGGCACUCACUUUGUCUGGAUGGAGGCCAAAAGUAUGGCAUGUGGAGAUUAACCCACUCUUUCCUCCCAACAUUUCCCUUUGGCCUUCCGGUUCCAGCUUGGGAGUCGAGACGACCAUCAAGCGAGAUUUGACUUCGGCCUUCUCUCGCAGGAACGAGCGCGAGCAUACCAAGCAAGCCUUGGUAGGAUGUUCUUUGCAAGCACUGCUGGAUGCUGCUGGCUCCGAAUACAGCCUUCUCCACGUUGAAUUCGAGAACGCAGUUUUGGUUCGCAAAGACAUUUCAGAAGCGCUGGAACCAUGGUUAUCUUCGCGCAGCGUAGUUCAGAAGUGGAGGGACGGCUACUUUUGCCAUCCGAUUGCUCGCGUGCGAUUGCCGCAUGAUCAUGAUGAGGACUCACUUUUCCUGCACUACGACUUCAGGCGCUGGGGAGACCCAAGCCUCUCAGGAGAGGAUUUAUUGCAGCUUGUACAGGCCUUCCUGCAGCAGUUCGUGGAAGAUCACACAUACAGCUUCAAGGCACCACAGAUGACGAGCCAUCCACCAAAGUUUGAAGUACUUCCUGUUCAUCAGCCAAGCACCGCCAAGGACCUCAACUGCGACUCGAAAAGAAGAUACAUUUUUCAGUGGCCAAUCAUCCUUACCAACAUUCAAAGUCUCCUGUCAUCAUGGACCUCAGGUCGAGGAGAUGUGGAGGUGGUCUUGGCCAAUAUGGUCGAGGACUUUAUCGGCACCUUGAACCUCGACCGAGCGUGGCCGAUCUUUAAGACCGUGGCCUCCGGGGAGUGCCCACUUGGUGGUCUGGCAAUUGCCAUUGCGAUGCGGUGGCGAUGCCUCUCCAACUUUUGGAAGGAGAAUCCUCUUUUCCCGCACACGGAGGAAUUCUUUCAUGCCAUGGAUCGACAACUCCCACUGAUCCUUCGCAAGCCCAAGAAGUUUGAAAAGUCGGUCUUUGUUGCCCCGCUGGGAUGUGAGAACUUGCUGCUUCGCUACAUCCAGGCUGGCUUGCGGCGCUUUGAUCUUCAAGCUAUGCUAGACUCAAGAUGGCCCAUUUUUGAGCUGUUGAGUUCAAUGCAUUCAUGGAGCGAAAAGUGGCCUCGUGGAUAUCCCUGA